AUGUCUCAGUUACUGCAAGAAGGUGAUCAACAAAUGGACGAGGAUCCACCACAGCCAGAGCAACCACAACCACCCCCAAGACAUCAAGCAAUAGAAGUGAACGAGUUACUCGACUCAUCGAAACCACCACCAAUUGAUUGGGAGUCACUCCUUCCUUCAAUUGAACACGACGUCAGAGAUAUAAAACAGGAAAUGGGCAAGAUCCACAAAAAAAUUGACUGGUGUUUGGUGAGUACUCCUUUUUAUUAG